AUGUCUGUAGAGGGUUGUUGCUCUCGUGGUCGUGACGCACGGGCCAAGAGGGAAGCAGAGCAGCGAUUGAGACAAGACGACGACAGCGACAAGGCCCAAUUGCUGAAUACCACCAAACCCAUCCUCUGUCCCGCCUCACGUGAGUCUCGCUCGCCGCCGCUCUUUGCUCUCGCCCCUGACAAGUCGCCCGCCCGACAGAUUUUCCUCCAGCAGCCAUGGAUCAAGCAAAGCUCCAACGUCUUCAAAAUGCCGUGCGCAUCGGGUAAGCUCUGCAUCCUUACAAACUCGCCAGAAGCGCGCGCCGAGACUGAUACACGACGAACAACAGUGNGCAAGGGUACUCCCAGAAGAAAGGUCAAGAAGGUCAACAGAUCCGGUGGUGGUGACGACAAGAAGCUCCAGGCCGCUCUCAAGAAGAUGAACGUCCAGCCCAUUCCCGCCAUUGAGGAGGUCAACAUGUUCAAGUCGGACGGCAACGUCAUCCACUUUGCUGCCCCCAAGGUCCACGCUGCCAUCCCCUCCAACACCUUCGCCAUCUACGGCAACGGUGAGGACAAGGAGCUGACCGAGCUUGUCCCCGGCAUUCUUAACCAGCUUGGCCCCGAUUCGCUCGCUUCCCUCCGCAAGCUCGCCGAGAGCUACCAGAGCAUGCAGAAGGGUGUCGAGGGUGAGGACAAGAAGGAGGACGAUGAUGACAUCCCCGACCUCGUCGAGGGUGAGAACUUCGAGGGCAAGGCCGACGUCGAGUAA